AUGAGUCCGCCUUCGAAUUACUACGUACAAAAAAUAUUCGACACCUACGCCAAAAGUCAACUAACUUUUGUGCAAAACUUCGCGGGACAUGCGGCCAAACUGGAGUACGUCGAAUGCCUCAGUAAGUGUAACGCGGUUGAAAUAGUCCAGCCGCUGUUGGACAAUAUCGACCCAGAGGUGAGGGUGAACGCGGUGCUGGGCUUGACGAUGUUGGCUGGUAAUAGCAAAAAAUGUGCCAAACAAAUACUGUGUGCUGACAAUCUACUGAAAAAAUUACUUGGACAGAUUGCCAACGAAAACAAAUGUUACAAAAAGAAUUGCAUGAAUCUCAUUCGGAAUCUAAGUAAACACUUGUCUUGCUCUGAAAUGAUUGUAAACGAAUGUGACGGAAUACACGCUAUUUUAACAUGUAUGAAGGACUUAGACGUACUAGUCAGAGAAGUAGCUUUGCAAGCAAUAAGUUUUAUAGCUGGUCAAGACCCCAGUAUUUCACAAGUCAUCAUAAAAUCUGGUAUACUGCCUCAAAUUGUCCAAAGCUUAAGAGAGGAACGACACAAUCUUAAAUUAUAUGGUUUGUCUACAUUAAGCGAAAUAGCCAAACACAACCAACAACUAGCCAAACAAAUUGUGGAUGUGCAAACUUUACCUAACGUGAUAAUUUUUUUAUCGACUGAUUAUUUUACAGACGUCAAACUUCAGGUGAAUGCGUUAGCAUUGAUGAAAAAUAUUGCUAAACACUCGUUGUCUUUAACCGAAAUAGUAGUCGAGACAAAUCUAUUUCCAGAAAUAUUGCUACUGAUGGCGCAUCCCGUUGAAUCUAUACGUUUUAAUUCGGCCGAAGUCGUUUACGAAAUAGUUAAGCAUUCCAUUCAAAUUUCGAAGAUGAUCGUGACUACUGGUGGAAUAGUUUCAUUGUUAAAUGUAAUUUUGAAAAGCAAAGAAUAUCCUUCUACUCCAGCUAUACUCGCGUUGGGAUGCAUAUCCUCCGUGUCACCAUUACUCGCGACUGCUGUUAUCAAGUCCAAGGUAUUGAAACAUUUGACUGCCAUCCUGAAAAGCGAUUUAGACGACGAUUAUCUAAAAGCCAGUACAGCUUGGACAUUAGAAAUGAUAGGUCAACACAGUUCUAAACAUUCGAAAUCCAUUUUUACUUGCCACGCCAUGAGCGCUAUGAUUGAUGUUUAUAAUAACACAAGUUCGACGCAUGAGGCCCAUUGUAAAUGCAAAAAUGCCAUUCAAAUUAUACUAAACAAAUGCGAAGAUUUUUCUGUUAUAGAAAAACUAUUAACACCGUCUAUUCCUAUUCAAAUAAUGAUAGACGUACUUCUUAAAAUUAGCAAAAUGUUACCAAAAAGUUUCAAAGCACGGCGGAUUUUUAUCAAUAAUGGGCAUUUGAAAAUGAUUCAAAAUCUUAAACCAGAAAUCAAUUCAUAUUUAUAUCAUGUUAUCAAAUCUGUAAAUUGUUGCUUUCCAGAGAAUAUACUACAAAUGGUAGCUGGAGAAAUUCCAGAAUCGAUUUUGAAAAAAUUGGACAAUUUUGUACCCAAAAGUCAAUAUUUGUUAAACGAUCAAGAUAUACAAAUGAGCAAUAGUUUCACCAACCCUGAUAAGUAA